AUGCGCAGAAGUAUAUAUUUAGACAAUACGAUUGAAUUCCUGCGAGGUCGGGUUUACCUCGGUGCAUAUGAUUAUACCCCGGAAGCCACUGAUGAGAUUGUCUUUUUCACCAUCGAGGACUCGAUCUUUUAUAAUAGCUUUCACUUGGACUUUGGUCCCAUGAAUAUCGGUCACUUGUACCGUUUCGCAGUUAUAUUUCAUGAAAUUUUGAAUGAUCCAGAAAAUGCACAGAAAGCAGUUGUGUUCUACUCCUCUGCCUCGACCAGGCAGAGAGCUAACUCUGCAUGUCUGUUGUGUUGUUACAUGAUCUUAGUGCAAGGUUGGACACCACAUCAAGUUUUGCAACCAUUGGCCCAAGUUGAUCCACCAUUUAUGCCUUUCAGAGAUGCAGGUUACUCUAACGCCGACUUUGAAAUUACUAUUCAAGACGUUGUGUAUGGUGUGUGGAGAGCUAAGGAAAAGGGAUUGAUCGAUCUACAUUCAUUUAAUCUAGAGACUUAUGAACGUUACGAGCAUGUUGAAAAUGGUGACUUCAAUGUUCUAACACCAGAUUUCAUUGCAUUUGCAUCCCCUCAGGAGGAUCCUAAGGUUCUAUCCUCUGGUACCCUGACUCCUAAGUCACACCUAAAUCAGCCUUUCAGAAGUGUAUUAAACUUCUUUGCAAACAAUAAUGUCCACUUAGUCGUAAGAUUGAAUUCUCAUCUAUAUAAUAAGAAGCAUUUUGAGGACGUCGGAAUUCAGCACCUCGAUCUUAUUUUUGAGGAUGGUACAUGCCCAGAUAUGUCAAUUGUUAAGAAUUUUGUAGGUGCUGCAGAAACUAUAAUAAGAAGAGGUGGUAAAAUAGCUGUGCAUUGUAAAGCUGGUCUUGGGAGGACAGGUUGCUUAAUUGGUGCACAUUUAAUAUAUACUUAUGGAUUCACAGCUAAUGAAUGUAUCGGGUUUUUGAGAUUUAUUAGACCUGGUAUGGUUGUGGGGCCUCAGCAACAUUGGUUGUAUCUACAUCAAAACGAUUUUAGAGAAUGGAAGUAUACCAUGAGACUCUCCACCAAGCCAAGCGAGAUAAUAGGCGGCUUAUAUCCUUUAGUGAGUGUGGAAGAGUAUAGACUACAAAAGAAAAGAUUAAAGGAAGGCAAGCGCUCUUCCGAUAUCACAAGUAAUAACAGAGUCAAUAGCAAUGAUGAGGUACGGGAUAUUGAAAUGACGCCUGCUAGAGGAUCUAAAUAUGAAAGACAAAAUGACAUGAAGCCGACCGAAACAGCUUACAAGACUGCUGUCCCACAGCACUCACCAGGUCAACCAAGAAAAGGUCAGAAUGGAACGAAUACCAUAGAACAAAUUAGUAAAAAUGGCAAGUCUAAUAGCAAAACACAGCACAACAAUAUGGUAGUGGACAACAAUUCGGAUGAUGAUUCCAUGACUAGCAAUUAUCAAAACUCCUCUUCUCAAAACAGAAUUACAAGGCAAACAACAGAAAGUGAUGAAGAAGGUCUAUUGAAGCAAUUGUUACCAAAGAAUAGAAGAGUCGCAUCAGGAAGAAGGAAUGUCAGUGCUGCUGGUGGUGUAAGAAAGGCCAGUGGUACAGUUAAAAGGUGA